AUGUCCAAAACAUUCUCCCUCGCCGACGUGGCCUCGCACAAUAAACCGGACAACUUGUACAUUGUCGUGGAUGGGGAUGUGUAUGAUUUGACAAAGUUCCAGGAUGAGCAUCCAGGUGGAAAGAAGAUUCUCCAACGCGUCGCCGGCAAAGACGCCUCCAAGCAAUUUUGGAAAUACCACAACGAGGGCAUCCUCAAGAAAUACAAGGCCAAUUUGCAGGUCGGGUCGUUAGACUCGAAAAAGGCCGAAGCACCACCCACUCCUCCGGCCACGCCUCCGCCAGCAGAGAAGAAACAAAAGGUCGUGCCCCAGGCAGAGUCCGGCACCGUUGCGCCAGCGCCAGGGCCGGCUGCGCAGGAAACAGAAUCCGCCGAGGCGCUGGAUCCAUUUGGAUCUCUGAUUCCGUUUGCCGACCCAGCAUGGUAUCAGAGUUACCAUUCACCCUACUUCAACGAAACGCACGCGGCUCUCCGCGCCGAAGUUCGGGAAUGGGUCGAAUCAGAAAUUGAGCCGUAUGUGACGGAAUGGGACGAGGGCAAAAAGGUGCCCGACAGCAUCUACAAGCAGAUGGGCGAACGAGGCUACCUGGCCGGUCUACUGGGGGUCAAAUACCCUGCCCAUCUGACGCCGAACCGGGUCAAGAGCGUGCCCCCGGAGAAAUGGGAUUUGUUCCAUGAGAUGCUCCUGACCGACGAACUGUCCCGAACCGGUUCUGGAGGGCUUGUCUGGAACCUGAUCGGUGGAUUUGGGAUUGGAUGCCCGCCGCUCGUCAAGUACGGCAAGAAAGAAUUGGUCAAUCGCAUCCUCCCGGGCAUCCUUGCAGGUGACAAGAGAAUCUGUCUGGCCAUCACGGAACCCGACGCCGGGUCUGACGUGGCCAAUCUGACCUGCGAAGCCAAGCUGUCCGAGGACGGCAAGCAUUACAUUGUCAACGGCGAGAAGAAAUGGAUCACCAAUGGUAUUUGGUGCGAUUACUUCACGACCGCGGUAAGGACGGGUGGGCCCGGUAUGAACGGAGUCAGUCUGUUGUUGAUUGAGCGAGGCGAGGGCGUCAGCACCCGCCGCAUGGAUUGCCAGGGUGUCUGGAGCAGUGGCACCACAUACAUCACGUUUGAAGAUGUCAAGGUGCCUGUGGAGAAUGUGCUGGGCAAGCCGAACAAGGGGUUUCAAGUUAUCAUGACCAACUUCAACCACGAACGUAUUGGUAUCAUCAUCCAAUGUCUGCGGUUUUCCCGCGUGUGCUUUGAAGAAUCGGUCAAGUAUGCAUCCAAACGCAAGACGUUUGGCCAAAAGUUGAUCAACCACCCGGUCAUCCGGAUGAAGUUGGCACAUAUGGCCCGCCAAAUCGAAGCCAGCUACAACUGGCUGGAGAACAUUGUCUAUCAGUGUCAGAAGAUGGGCGAGACCGAAGCCAUGUUGAGGCUCGGUGGUGCCAUUGCCGGUCUCAAGGCCCAGGCCACCACCACGUUUGAGUUCUGCACCAAGGAGGCCGCCCAAAUCUUUGGUGGUCUGGCUUACUCCCGCGGCGGCCAGGGCGGUAAGGUCGAGCGGCUGUACCGCGAUACUCUGGCGUACAAGAUCCCCGGUGGCAGCGAGGAGAUCAUGUUGGACCUGAGUAUUCGGCAGAGUCUGAAGGUGCACAAGGCGCUGGGGAUGAAGUUGUAG